AUGGGGAUCGCAGAGCUUGUGCGUCGUCCGGGAAGCCCCGCGAGUCUCCUGGCCGUGGCUGUCCUCCUGACUAUGGUGCUCGACUCUGCGUGGCUUCUCCCCCAGGAGCAGCAGGAUCUUCCAACCGUGAAGCCAAACUCCAGUCUCAAUGUGAAGUUUGACCCAAAGACGACGAGGCUGACUUGGGACUGCAAGGAGAACACUACGUACGGGGAGUGCGUGUUGAUUCACAAGGAGAAGGGGCUGAUUAAGAAAAAGGUCAAAGACAGCGAAUGUCACUGCACAUUUCCGGACUGUUCUCUCCACGGGGGAGUCACGCUCGCCGUCCAAAUAAAUGUCAACCAGAGACGGCUUUCAGAAAGGCUGGUCUACAGUAACCCAGGUAGGGAGGGCACAGCUGCCCGAAACUUCUCCUGUGUCAUCUACGACGCGGAUUUCAUGAACUGCAGCUGGGCCAGGGGCCGAGCGGCCCCCGACGACGUCCAGUAUUUUUUGUACACGCGAUCAAAGAAAAGAAUCGAAAGGGAAUGUCCUCAUUACCUGAAAGACUCGGGGACCCACGUGGGAUGUCACCUCCGAGACCUCUCGGGGUUAACGUCAUACAGUUACUUCCUGGUUAACGGCACCAGCCAAGAAACGGGAAUCCAGUUCUUCGACUCGCUUUUGCUGUUAAAGGAAAUAGAGCGGUACAACGCUCCCGACAAUAUCACCGUCCACUGCAACGAGUCCCACUGCCUCGUCCGGUGGGAACAGCCCAGGACCCGGCAGCCUCGGUCCAACAGGGAGUUCCAGUACCAGCUGGACGUCCAGAGAUGGCAUGAUACCAACAGCAAUAGAGGUCAACUGAUUGUGGUGUUUGGUGACUCGGGAAAUAGGUACAACUUUCCCAAACCAGGAUCCAAAGCAAAACAUACUGUGAAGAUAAGGACAGCGGACGCCCGGAAGGCCCACUGGGGUGCCUGGAGCCAGCCCGUUGAGUUCGGCUCCGAAGAACCAGAGUCCAGCCUGGUGCACAUCUACAUUCUGGUGGUCCUGGGGACUCUCGUCUGUGGCCUGACCCUCAGCUGCCUUUUCAAAAGGUUCAUCAGGACCCACAGGUUAUUCCCUCCGGUUCCACAGAUCAAAGAUAAAUUGAACGAUAACCAUCCAGUCGACCACGAGAUACUAUGGGAGAAGUUUACACAUGAAACGGGAAAAGAUGACAAGGAAGAGGUCUUAAUCGUGGAGAAAGUCUCAGAAGCCCCAGCGAAACUGUGA